AUGGCUACCUUCACGUACGACAUCACCUCCCCUGGACCUGCCGACGGUUCUCCCUUGCCUCAGCUGCACACAGUGUACACUCCUGAUCCUCGGUCAGACGAAGCGCCCCAGCACCUCCUUCCAAUGCCCUUCUCUGCGUCCGGUGACCUCUCUAAGGAUGCAGCAAGUGAGGUAUUUGCUGAUUUUUCUGCCCUGCCCGUCUCUGGUCUCGAUGAGAUUAACUGGGACGAAUGGAAUUUGUUCGACUCCCCCCCAGUAGAUAUUCCCCCACCGUCACUCCAACUGUCGCAUUUCUCUGACGACCCCAUCGAGGAGGCCCACCCAAGCCCGAACAACGUUGCUGAUGACCCACCCAAUCAACGAGAGCCAACCCCUUCCCUGGCCCCACAAGAUCGUGAAGGCAACACAUCGAAGGAGCCGUUGAAUUACUCCGAUAGUUCCAUCGAGGCUGACCCAUGCCCGGGCGAGGAACGCCACGUCCAAGUCCACCGAUCAUCAGAGCAAGGUAUCCCCCUGGUGUCCGGCUGUUGGGAAGGCGAUGCGUUGGGGGAGACGCUUGAUAAUCAGGAAUACAUUAUCUUGCCCCUUUCUCAGGUGAAGAUUCUGAAGCUGGUGUUUAAGGAUAUGGCACACAAGGAGAGCUGUGGAAGUACUCAGGUUCUGCUGGUAAGGCUCAGCAUCUGCUCCGCGAAAAACAUUUCUCACACCUCCCUCACUCUUGCAGACGACCCAAUCAUCAUCGAUGAGCCAAUGAGUCCCACCAACUUACCUUGUGGUUCUGAUCAGUUUGUCGCCAUUCCAUCCCUUCAACGGAAUAUAGAGAAGGUUCCAGAAGGUUACAAUGUGUAUGCCAAUAUGACAUUGGACGAUUUGCAGGAGCAUGGAGGGUUGGAACUGCUGGUAGUUUACUACUACCGGAAUAAUGAACGUCGCCGAACGAGGUCACGUGGAUUAUAUCCAGCACUACUGCAGGGAGAUGGCUCAACCUUUCCACUUCUACUCUUGAGAAUACCAGUGAUAGAACUACGACACUUUGGACAGUCAUCGCCAAUGGCCUUACCACUUCUGGAGUGUGAUCCCCUUCAAAACCUGAUGCUCCAGCACGCCAGCAUCGAUACAUUCGUCAAACACUAUCUGGAUCGAAACAUCACCGCCGAUGUUCUCAGCAUCUACCGUGGCCUCGAGCCGCAGAAAGCGCUAAUGAGGAUGGUGUGCUCGAUGAGCCGGUCCAUCGACCCCCGCCGCCCAUGGAAGCUGACGCCGGAGCAGUCGAGAUCGGUGAACCACCUGCCCCACAUCCUGAAGAUCUCUCGGAGGGUUGAAUAUCUGAAGAAACGCCGCGACUCUGCUGCAAGCUGGCUCCAUGGCAGGAUCGGACAGAGGUACCGGCGGAAGGCCGAGGCCGACGACCGAUGGGAGAAGAGGUACAGGCGCCGGGUUGAGGAGCACAAGAGAUGGGACCAAAGGCAUCACAAAGCCGUUCGCCGGCUCCGCGGUGCGAAGCAGCGCGCGAGGACGCUGCUCAAGCGUGAGAUUCUGGAGCGGUACCGACAGGAACAGCCAGUGAUCGACAGCGAGCGACAGCUAUCGGGAAAGGUGGUCGAUGAGCACGUUAGAAGUGAACUGGAGCGGUACAUGCCACCUGAGCUGAUGAUAAUGAUCGACGCCGUCCUGACGUUGCCGCCAACCACUUCAGCGGCGGAACUACAACGACGGAUCAGGGCCAUCGACGCGGUCUCUGCAUACUGCGGUGUGGAGGAAGGCCCCAUCUGCCGUCGGCGUGGCCGUGCCUCCGGCCCCAAGCCAACCACAGCGAAACCGACCGCCCACAGGGCGGAAGCGAUUGGCCAACCAUCAUCAGACAUGCUCCUGGAGUCAGCCGCUCGAGCGGUUCGGAUGGAACCCCGACCGAAAAUAUGCUUUAUCUGUCUGCAGAACACCAACCUCGUGCUGUCGGAUCGGGUCUAUUCAUUCAGUGGACUGGGAGACCUCACCAAACAUUUCCAGAGGCGGCAUCUGGAUAAGUUCCGGCCGCUGGAUUGCAAUAUGUGCAAUGUGAGGCUCGCAACUCUGAAAGAGCUUCUGGUCCAUGCGGAAACUGCACACGGAACCGUUACACGUUCGCCCAAGUACAGGAUGCUCGCACAAUCCGGUGAACCCGGUGCCCCGACUGGCUGUCUGCCACCGAGCUCCCAACCAUCUUGGUCCCCGCGUGGCAACCAGUGCGAGGAGGCCAAUCAUCAAGGUGGGAGUUCCAUGUGUGCCUGGAAGCCCCCGCUCGUCUCACAGAUCAUUCGCAAUUCCUCACGCCCCCACCUGCCUUUCCGUUUCCCUUUCGCAUUCAAUUAA